AUGGCAGACUUUGUGAAAUUAACUUUUGAGGAUCUUGAUCUACAAUCAAUUGUUGAUCUGGUCAAAGACAAUAGUGCUGGUGCAGUUUCGAUAUUUAGCGGAACCACGCACAAAACAGUCAUUAAACUAGAUUACGAGGCCUACGUUCCAAUGGCGGAGAAGGUUUUGCUGUCAAUAAUUUUUGAAGCAAGGACCAAAUGGGAAUUGAAAAAAGUUGCAGUCUAUCAUCGUCUGGGAACCGUCCCUGUUGGAGAUACUAGUGUCAUAAUUGCUGUAUCCAGUGUUCAUCGGAGAGAAUCACUUCAUGCUAUUGAAUGGAUAAUCGAUCAAUUAAAAGAAAAGGCGCCAAUUUGGAAAAAAGAGAUAUACAGUGAUGGAAGUGUAUGGAAAGAGAAUAGAGAAGACAAGAGUUUGCUAUUUAAGGAUGAAUUGACUUCUAAUUAG